CGUAUUUGUCUCUUUUGAUGUAUAAUAACUAAUUCUCUAUAUAAUUAACUCACUUCACCAUCUUCCUCUCGAUCUCUUUCCCCCUUUUGUCACUCUCUCUUUCUCAGAUGUUGAGAUCCAUGCCAUGCCACUCCAUGUAUGAUUCUCAAUCCCACUCUAAUCACCAUCAAUCAAACCUACCAUCUGUUUGCUCACAGUCAAGUCUCCCGUCAAUUCCUUCACUCUCCUCCUCAUCACAACGCCAUCACCAACACUUCCUCCCCAAUGUCCACCACCGCUGCCUCACCACUCUUAAGGGUCACACCACCUAUGUUUCCUCUCUCACCUUAACUGGAAAGUUCCUCUACAGCGGCUCCUCAGACAAAGAAAUCAGGUCAUGGAAGCGAAACCAUCUAUACUCGGAACUAGAUCAUGAAAUCCUAUGCAACAACGUUGUAGCUGUGGGGAAAGGUGCAGUGAAGUCCCUAGUAGUUUUAGCUGAUAAACUCUUUAGUGCUCAUCAAGAUCACAAAAUCCGGGUAUGGAAAAUCAAUAAUAACCAAGAAACUGAUCAACAAAAGCAUACACAUUUAGCAACACUACCCACACUUGGUGAUCGAGCCUUAAAUAUUUUUUUACCUAAGAACCAGGUUCAGAUUAGGAGGCACAAAACUUGCACAUGGGUUCAUCACGCAGACACAGUCUCUGCACUUGCCUUGUCAAAGGACAAGUCUCUUCUCUAUUCCGUUUCAUGGGAUAGGACACUCAAGAUAUGGAGGACAAAUGACUUCAAGUGUCUGGAGUCAAUAUCAAGGGCACAUGAUGACGCUAUAAACGCAGUGGCAGCUUCAAGUGAUGGGGAUGUUUAUACCGGAUCAGCAGAUAGAAAAAUCAAGGUAUGGAGAAGUUCAGGAGAGAAGAAGCAUUCCUUAGUGGCUACAUUAGAGAAACACAGCUCAGGGAUUAAUGCCCUGGCAUUAAGCAAUGAUGGGUCAAUUCUGUACUCCGGUGCUUGUGACCGAACGAUAGUGAUCUGGGAGAAGGACGUGGGUGGUGGUAGUGGAAUGGUGGCUGUGGGUGCUCUGAGAGGGCAUACACAGUCCGUAUUGUGCUUAGCAGUUGUGUGUGAUUUGGUAUGCAGUGGUUCUGCGGACAAAACCAUAAGAGUUUGGAGAUGUGAUGAUAGGAAUGGGUGCUGUUUGGCAGUGUUGGAAGGGCAUAAAGGACCUGUCAAGUGCUUGACAGCAACAAUUGACCAUCAAAAUCCAUCUAAUACAUCUUACCUUAUUUACAGUGGGAAUUUGGAUUGUGAUAUAAAGGUGUGGCAGCUUAAUGUCCCAACAGAUCUAUAGAAACUUCUUCCAUCUAUGCCAUUAGAAAUGAUCUAAGAAGAGUGUGCAGUUCCCUGUUGUUUAUUUUACUUUUUAAACUUUGUUGCUUUCUUUUUCCUUCUCAAGGUCCUCCAUAGUUGUUGUAAGGUCACUGUGUAAGAUUUGAGACUGAUGAUCCUGGAGGAGACUUCACUCUCUCAAGAAUAACAAAGGAUUUAACAAGG